CAUUUAUACUCAAUGGGUGACGGUUGAACACAAAGACUACAAACUUAAACAGCAAGUUUCAGUUGUUGAAGUCCAGUCACCAUGGCGACUAUUCCAGGAUCUGUCGGUCUGCCAGUUUUAGGAGACAAAUCAUAUGAGUUCUACAAGGAUCCAAUUAAGUUCUGUCAGAAGAACAUGAGCAGUCACAAAACUCGUCUUUUCUACACUAGAUUUCUCAACAAACCAACAGCAUUCCUCUGCAGCAACAAGGCUGUUCAUGAAUUACUCGCAGACCACAGUGAUUCUAUAGAACUGGGAUACAAGGCCUUCAUGGGAGAGAUCUUUGGUGACAACAUUCUGUUUUCUGAUGGAGAGGAUGCCAGAAAACUUCGGAGUUCCCUUAAACAGCUUUUCACUCUUGAAUCAGUUGAUACUUACCAGUUAACAAUAGACAGUGUUGUAGAUAAAGCUGUUUCGACCAUCAACCCAGAGGAACCAACAUGUAUUUAUUCACUGAUGAAGAAAAUCUGUACAGAAAUUUGUCUGAGCUUGUUUCUGGGACUAAACUUCAGUGAUGCCACCCAGACAGCUGACACCAUUGUUGCCUUGACAACUACACACUGGCAUGGUAUCAUUUCAGUGCCUUUACCCCUCAAACUGCCAAUGACAAAUGGCUCCACCUAUUGUCAAGCUCUACAUGCAAAGGAUUCGCUUUUGAAGAUAAUAAUCUCAAAGCGAGUGGAAAACUCUGGAAAAUUUACAAAGAAUGUUGAAGAUGCCGCUUCUACCAGCACAGAUGGCCCUCGUGAAGUCUUCAUCAACAACCAUCUUCUAUUAUUCACCUCAGCACUAGUACCAAAGGCCUUGUCUUCUCUGCUUACAUCUCUUAUCAUGGAGGUGGGAAAGCAAGAGGGGGAUUUACAGGAGAAGCUUCUAAGUGACCCAGCUAUGAUGGAUGCUGUACUGUUAGAAGUGCAAAGACUUUACCCGCCAUUCCUUGGUGGACGUAGAAUUGUCAAGAAGGAUGUAGUGUUAGGAGGAUAUAAAAUUCCUGCCGGACAUUCCAUUAUGUAUGUCACUCAGGCUGCCCACAGAGACCCUGAGGCAUUUGAAGACCCAGACACAUUCAACCCACACCGCUGGAUUAACUGUUCUCCAGCAGAGAAGGAGAAGCUAUUUUGCUUUGGAGCAGGUGCUCGUAGCUGUAUAGGACAGCACCUGGUGGGGAAAAUUCUUCAGACAAUCCUAGUACGUCUCCUGUGUUCCUGGAAAUUCAAGCUCCUUGGAAAUCAAGAUUUUAGUCACAAAUGGCUCCCAGUUUCUAAACCAAAACAGGACGUCAAAGUUCAGUUCUCUAGUCGCAAUGCUUAGUAGGUGGACCACUACUGUGAUUUGUUUACAGACAGAUGAUAUUUUUGUAUUUUUUGUGAUACUGAAAUUUUAUUAUAAGUUAAAUCAACUAUAUAUAUAUAUGCAUUUUUCUUCUUGAUCUGA